AUGGAUCAUAAAAUAAAAAAUUAUUUUUCUUUAGACUCACAAAAUUAUGAAGAAUUAAUAAAUAUAAUUUCAAAAGACAUUGAUAAUAAAAAUCUGAAAAUUCUUGAAUUUAUUGAAUUUAUUGGAGAGUAUUUAACAGGAAAUGAAAAUCCAAAAAGGAAAAAAGCUAUUUCUAUGCUUUCAAAAGUUAUUGAAUCAAUAUCACCAGAAGCACUCCAUUCAAAACAGAUAUAUGUCAUAACACGCUUCUUUUGUGGAUGUCUUGAUGAUCAAUCAUUUUUAAAAGAAAUUCUUAUAGGUUUGUAUUCUUUACAAAAAAUGGUUUUUUUUGAAGAUAAAGAGACAAUAUUUUUAUGUACAGAAUUAUUUAAAAAAUUUAAUCCUGAAAAUAAUAUACAGUCUAAUAGAUAUAUUGUAUUUCAAAUCAUGGAUGAAUUAAUAAAAAAACAUAAAGAAAUAUUAAAAAAAAUGGGAUCUGAAUUUAUUGAAGGUUUUAUUAAAAUUAUAGGUCGAGAAAAGGACCCCAGAAAUUUAAUUUUAAUAUUUUCCAUUAUGAAUAUAGUUAUUUCUGAAUUUAAUAUAACUUUAUACGCAAAAGAUAUUUUUAAUCUAUUAUUUUGUUAUUUUCCAAUUACAUUUAAACCAUCCCCUAAUGAUGUUUUUGAAGUUACAACUGAAAAUUUAAAAUUAUGGUUAAAAAAAUGUGUAUCAGCUAACGACGAAUUAUCAUCUUAUUCUAUACCAUCUUUAAUUGAUAAAUAUGACUUUUCUCCUAUUAAUACAAAAAAAGAUAUAAUAGAUAUGUUAUCUUUUUGCAUGGAAACUUAUUCGCCUGAUGUUAUUGAAACUUAUAUUAUACAGAUAUGGAAUAUGUUAAAAAAUGAAAUAUUUGAAAAAUCAGAUGACGACUUAGUAAAAAAAUCAUUAGAUUGUCUUUUUAUAAUUUCAAAAGUUUUUUCUCAAGAAAUAUCAAAAAAUUCUGAAAAUACAUCAUUAAUAAAAUUUCUUACACCUAUAUCAGACGAAAUUAAUAAACACUUCGAAGAACCUGGUACAAAAACAGCAAAAAAUAGUAUAAAAAUUCUUUAUAGUCUUUCAUCUGCUUCAAAAUAUGCUUUCGAAUUACUUUUUGAACAUUGUAUUCCUAGUUUGCUCUCAAGAUUUGAAAAAGAAGAUUCAAUAAAUACAAAAGCUGCUAUUCUAGAGUUUAUAUCAUUUUUUCUUCUUUCUGCACUUUAUGUUUACAAUUCUUACAAUAAAGAAAUAAAUGAAGGAAUUCCAAUUAACUCUAUUUUAAUGAAAGAAAAGAAUAGACUAUUUACCAUUUUAUCUAAUUCACUAACAACACCUUUUUUUUCAAACAAAUAUACAAGAGCUGCUGCCAUUCAUGCUCUUUUAACUUUUAGUGAAAUUCAUAGUCUUUUACAAUAUGAUGAAGUAAAAUUAAUUGUACAAUAUUUUAAUGAUAUAGUUCUCAAAGAAGAAAAUAAUUUAAAGGCAGAGGCUUUAGAGGCUUUAGUUAAAAUUGCAGAAACCAAACCUAAUCUUAUUCUUGAAACAACUUUUUCCAGCUUUUUGAAAUUAUUAUCAGAAACAGACUCUGCAACAAUAUCAAAUAAUUGUUCUUUGCCUUUAAAUGAAAUUAUUUUAACUGUUUUAUCUCAUCUAUGUGUUGAAAAACAAUUAUUUAAUAUUUUUAUUUCUCAUAUACUUAAUACAUUCGAUAUUAUCUCUGUAAAUAAUGAAAAUAUAUUGCAAGGAAGGACACUUAUAUUUACACUUUUAUUGACAAUUAAGAUAAACUUUAACAGAAAAAAACUAGAUAUAGGAUCUUAUAUUGAUCAAUUGUUACCUGAACUCUUUACUCGUGUAGUAAAUUCAUGUAUUCACUCUACUGAAAAUAUAAUUAUGGAUUCUAAAAUAAUCAACAUUAUAUCUCAAAUAGCUAAUUUGAUAGUACGCUGUUCAAAUUUAGAAAAACAAAAACUAUUUAUCAAUGAUUUAAUAAAUUUAUUUAUGAACGGAGAAUCUAAUUUAUUAUUUCUAUCAAAAAAUAUAAUGCUUAAAGAAUUUAAUCCUUUCAAAAAAAAUUCUAAUUUAUAUCAAAAAAGAACAAUUUCAAUUUUUGUUAGUGCAUUUGCAGGAAUCCGAAAAGAGGUUUACUUUUUAAUUUAUUCAAAAUUAAACUUCAUAAAAAUUACAACCAGUUUAAUUUUAGAAAAUCAUUUAGAAGAUCAACAACAGAUUUUCUUAUUUAAGUUCAUAUCUCUAAUCUAUAAUAAAUUUGAUAAUAACAUUGAAUCUAAUUAUUGUGAAACUCUUUUGGAUAAAAUUUCAGAAAACAAUUUUUCAAAAAAAAAAAUUAUAAUUCUAUACACAUUUUGGGUUAUAAAAGCAUUAAUAUUGAAAAUAAAUAAAUACGGAUAUACAUUAUUAAAUAAACUUAUAGAUCUUAUGAAUGAUAAAUAUCUUGGAGAAUUUAUUUCGCAUAAUUUUGAAAUUAUUGUAAAUGAAGAUGAAUUAAUUAAUAAAGAAAAUUUUGCAUCUAUUCGACUUUUAUAUAAACAAUUUUUUUUUUGUUUUAUAUUACCUAAACUAGCAAAAAUUCUUAAAUAUUUAAAUUAUUAUGCUAAUAAACUGACAGAUCUUAAGUCAAACUACUUAAUUGCUUUGUCAUAUGUUAUUCAGAAUACACCAAAACAUAUUAUUUUACCUGAAUUAGCAUCUGUUUUACCUUUACUUCUUCAAUGUUUUUCUCUUGAUGAUUAUAAAUUAAAAGUAUCAAAUAUAAAUAUUCUUUAUAUUAUAACACUAGAAUCCUCAGAUUUAAUAAUAGAACAUCUUGGAUCUUUAAUUCCUUUUCUUCUAACAUUUUCCACUGAAAAACAUAAUAAUGAUAUAAAUGUCCAAAUUGCAGCGCUUAAAUGCUUAGGUCUAUUUCCAACAAUUCUAAAAACAGAGUUUAUACUGCCUUUUAAAAACACAGUUAUUCGUAAACUUGUAGAAGUAUUAGAUGAUCCUAAAAGAGACGUUAGAAUAGAAGCAAGUAAAGCAAAACACAAGGUAAUAUAA